GUUCCAAAGCAUUUUGACACAUACACCAUCUCCAAAGGAGGCCGUGGAUGUUUGUCAACAAGCUGAUUUUCUCCUGAAGUAAAGCACAGACAUGGCAGAUCCGCCAAUGUCUUCGGGAGGACCUAAGUUUCGUAUCGUAGCUGGUCGUGGACUCGGGGAGCGACCUUCCCCCGGAGCUUCUGUAUCCGGAAACUCUCCACUGCCUCAGGAAGUCAAACCGAACCCGAUGAUGGCUCCCGCUUCCAUGCACAUGCAGUACCCACAGCACUCACAGCCGAUGCAAACCCAGCCGCAAAUGGUUAUGCAAGGAGCACCUCCAGCAUCGGUAGCACCUGGAGGAGGUAUGCAAGUUCAAAUGAACCAGCCACAAGGUUCACAGUCGAACACUCCACAGCCAAUGCCAACUAGCGAUAGUCAGGGCAUGGUGACGAAGUGUGUUCGCUUCUUCAAGACUCUCAUUCAACUGUCGCAGCAGCCAGAACAGCAGCAGCCAUCUCAAAAUCCUCAACAAACAGCUCAUUUGGUUAAAGAGCUUGUCAGCACCCUUGUUUUUGGGCAAAUGCCGGCAGAGGAGUUUACCACUAAAUUGCAAAGUGCUUUAAAAUCCCAAGCUCAGCCUCAUCUCCUACCAUUUCUGCAUAAAACAUUGCCUUAUCUUCGUGCUGCAAUGAGAAGCGGAGAGGUUACCAUAGAAGGAGUGGUACCCCCUCCUGGCAUGAUGGUCCCUCCAGCCCCUCAGAUCGAAGCAGCUUCACCUCAGCAACAGGUCCAUAUGCAAAUGCAACCACAGCAACAUAUCAUGGCUGUGCAACAGCAGGGCACGGCUCAGCAACCACCGCAACAUCUUCACCCACAACCUAUACAGGUACAGGUCGUACAGCAACAACAGCAACCGCACUAUCAAAUGCACGAACAACAGCAACAGAUGGAACCUCAGCAGAUGCAAAUGCAUGCACAUUCUCAGCAGAUGGGCAUGCAACAAGCUCAACAAGUGGUGCUACCACACUCUCAACAUCAACAGAUGCCCAUGGUGCAACAAAUGCAGAUGUCACAUCCACACUCGCAACAGAUGGUGUCCGAACGUCAACCUACACCUCAGAUGAUGUAUGCACCAGCAUCUUCGUCCGUUGGUGUGGUAUCUGUUCCGCUACAAGAACACAAUGAACAGGUGCCAAUGGAGAGAAUGGAAUCCGCAAGUGGAGGUGAACCUAUGGAUGAAACCCCUGUGCAACAUGUAGAAGAAGAGAUGAUACAAGUACGUCAGCUACAAGAGGGAGCUUUGGAAAGUGCUCUGUUGAGGCCGCCUGAUAUAAUGAGUCGCAUCACACAGUGCAUGAAUGAGGUGUGUUAUGUGGAUGAAGAGGUUUUGGUGCUGAUCUCUGACGCAGCGGAAUGUCGUUUGCGCGAAAUCAUAGGCGAACUUGCCAUUCUGGCUGAGCACCGCAUGGAGCCAUUAAGGUUGAACCCAAAUUACGGUCAGAUUGAUGAUACACGGAGUCAGCUGCGCUUUUUGGAAAAUAUAGAUAGGCAACAAGAAGAGCAAAGAGAAAAUCGAGAGAAGGAGGCACUGAUCCGUAUGAGUAAAAGCAAGGGUAGCGCGAAAGAUACGAUAGAAAGAGCAAAGGAAAUGCAGCGCGCUGACGCUGAAGCCAAAAGGAAUCGAGAUGCAAAUGCAGCGGCAAUUGCUGCGCUAAGCAGCGGUAACAAAGUUUCUCGACCAAAGUGGGACCAAGCUGGUAGCAGUGGCGUUUCUGGUACUGCACAUCGACCACGAACAGUUCGUGUUAAUAUUAGAGAUCUCCACAUACUUGUCAACAAGGACAGCAGAUUUCGAAGAUCUCAUCUCGUGCACAAACUUGCUCUCAGCGGUCCACCUAGUGAAUCACUCUGAGCUUGUGCAUCAUGUAGUAUGCUGUAUAAUUUACGUCAGGUAUCUGUCUUCAGAGGGGAUGAAAGUGUCCAUGAAUGUUUUCACAAGUACAAUCCAAUCAAGAACGAUUUACUCUCGAAUCUACAAAUAUAUGGACUUCAAGUCAAUACUCUAACAGCAAGAUCGCUAAAAUACACAAAAAAUUAUGAACAUGCAUGUACAUCCAUGGAGAAGAAAAGACUGUUGAUCUGUUAUGAAGGCUAGGUCAUUGUCGGUAAUCUGCCC